AUGCGGCCGCUUAUCGUUUUCGGCUUCACCUUCUGUAUGAUAUUCAUCGAGGCAAACGAGGAUGCGAAACGAUUGUAUGAUGAUUUAAUGGUCAACUAUAAUCGGCACCGAAGACCGGCUCCUGGUCCGAAUCAGCCACUGAAUAUCAAAUUGCGACUGCGAUUGAGUCAAAUAAUCGAUGUGCACGAAAUUGAUCAAAUCAUGACAUGCUCAGUGUGGCUCAAACAAAUUUGGUUCGACAAAAAGUUGUCAUGGGACCCGGUUAAUUAUGGCGGUGUCAAUGUGCUCUACGUACCAUAUGAAAUGAUUUGGGUGCCCGAUAUUGUGCUUUAUAACAACGCCGAUAGCAAUUAUAACAUCACGAUUUCAACAAAAGCCACCCUUCAUUAUACUGGAGAAGUAUCUUGGGAACCGCCGGCGAUUUUCAAAAGCAUGUGCCAAAUCGACGUGCGCUGGUUUCCGUUUGACGAGCAGACAUGCCAUUUAAAGGUUUGA